AUGUCUGGUGACGAUGGUUCAGUAGCUGCACUAGCUGUUGAAGGAACCACAGGCAGGUGUGCAGUGACCAGUCUCCUAACGGAUCCCUGGUGGCGAGUUGAUUUGGGGAAGAGUUACAGCGUGGACGUAGUAAACAUUAUUAGCGGUGCAAAUGGAUUGGCAGAUUUUGAAAUAAGAAUCGGUCAGUAGUUCUUGGCUCACAUGUCUAAAAUAUUUUUUCCUUACUGUCACAAAUAACUAAUUAAUUACUCGUCCUAUUGUAGUUUUUUUCCAAGGGUUUGACUCUCGUGACAAGACCAAUGACUAGCUGUGGCUACUACCUCCUGUAGGAGGUAAAGCCACAUACGUCUACCGAAUGAGUGAGCGAGUGAUGGUAACUGACGUAGAAUUCCGAUCUUGGCCCAAUUUUCACCCGAUGUUUCCGGUUGCUACCUGUUGUUUGGUACUGCAGAAGAUCUAUAAACAUCUCACAAUUACAUCAGGAUGGCGCGUGAAAAAACAAUAAUUUCCUUUCCAGAAAUAGCUUAAAAGUUGUGAUCAGUGCACUAUGAGAGCUUGGAAAAAAUUUAUUUCUUUGAAGAGAUGGCGUAUUGCCGUUUGAAUCAGCAAAUUAGGCCCAGUAAAUUCGAAAAUAUAAUUUCUUCAGUUCUUGCCGUGACACUUCAAAAGAUGAUAAACAUUCAAAAAUAAUUUCACAGUGGCGUCGUCCGGCACGAAAUUGAAAACAAGACUUUUCCUUGCAGAAAUAUCUAAAUAAGUUUGAUCUGCACAUCGUGGAGAUUUUGAAGACAAAUUUGAAGAGAGAGCAUUUCACCAUUUCAAUCAGCAACUUGGGCCCAAAAGAGCUGCUAAAUUUGCGAAGCGAGCAGGCUCCGAAACAAGGAUACAUUAAUUUCGUAGAAAAGGUUGUGGUUAUUCAUCGUGGUGAAUAACAAUAAAAACUAAGUUUUUCGUUUGUCUCACGAUGUAGUCACGUGUGAUGUAGAUCGUGACGUUUCGACUGCAUACUGUUAGUCUUCCUCAGGCAAUGAGGUCGACUGGUCAUGCGUGAUCUUAUAAAGCAUGAUGCUCUGAUCAGCAAGGGUCGAAAUACACCAAUCAGAGCUGUUGAAAAACAACUAAUCACAGCAGAGCAUCAUGCUUUAUAAGAUCACGCAUGACCAGUCGACCUCAUCGCCUGAAGAAGACUAGCAGUAUGCAGUCGAAAUGUCGCGGUCUUCAUCAAUCGUGACUACAUCGUGAGACAAACGAAAAACUUAGCUUUUAUUUUUAAGGAUACAUUAAGUUUAACAGGAGGACCAUAUUCGGAAUGAUAGAACGGUGGAAUGGCGUAAUAUGAUCAUAUAAUGUGAUCGGAAUGCCUUGUUGAAUGAAACAAAAGUCUCACAAAAAUGGAACUGAAAUGAAACAAGAAAAUGAUUUACAAUUAACAGGCAGAAUUAAAAAAAGAACAUUUUAAUCAUGAUCGGAGCCUAUAGAGAAAUAGGGUCUAGGGUCGCCUAUACCGACAGAGAAACAGAUGUUCCCAAGUUAGCCCCCAUAUUACUAUUACUAUUUUUAUCAUUACAAUUAUUAUUAUUAUUAUUAUUAUUAUUAUAUUGUUAAUAUGAUAAAAUGUCACCAUUAAUUAUUUAUUGAGUGCGCUAAUUAGCGACUAUAAUUUUUAAAAUCUUUUUAAAUACCUUUGUGGAUUCCCUUUUGGAACAGGGUACUCAUGAAUUUACGUUGUCGGGAGCCUCAAGCCUACAACCCCGAAAGCCUAAAAUUAAUUCUAAUCUUUACUCUUUCGGUUUGCAUGAAGCUUUGAUCCUAAAGACGUAUAUUCUGCAACACUACCUCCUGGUAUCUUUAUACAACCGCUUGUUCUUGUCAAAGCUAUAAAAAUUGUGCUACAAUUUUGUCAUUUCUAGUCUUAAACUGCACAUUUUUGAUUUUGGACACUGGUGGCCAAUUUUAAUUUUGGACACUAAAGGUCCAUUAUUGCUUUUGGAGAUAAGUGGGCGAUUUUUUUUUAUUUUGGAAUUUAGUAGGCGAUCUUUGCUUUUGAACACUCGAGGCCGAUUUAUAAUUUUGGCCACAAGUGGCUGUUUUUUUUUUUUUGGACGGUAUUGGCCCAUCUUUUACUUUGGACACGUUUUAUACUUUGAAAAACCUGUGAGCGAUCUUUAAUUUUGGAGAUAAGGGGGCGAUAUUUUAUUAAGGACUCUAAUAGCCGAUAUCUGCUUUUGAACAGUUGUGGCCGAUUUAUGCUUUUGGAUGCCAGAGGCUUAUCUUUUGGAUUUUAUUUUGGACACCAGGCCGAUAUUUGAUUUCGGGCACAAAUGGCUGAUUUUUUAUUUUGGACAUUAGUCACCGUUUUUCUAUUUUGAGAUACAAGUGACCGUUUUUUAUUUUAGACAUUGGUGGCCGACUUUGGAUAGCAGUGGCCGAUUUUUUAUUUUGGGCAGACAUUAGUGUCCCAUUUUUUAUCAUGGACAUCAGUGUGCGACUUUUUUGGGCUGUGCCUCUUAUAUAGUAGAAGGCGAAGUCACUUCUUUCGGGGACGAGCGAUUGAGUGAGUGAGUGAUGAUAAGUGACCGAUGUUUCCGGGUGCUUGUUAUUGUUUUUUUUUCGAAGUGUCUUAUUAGUCCGACAUUCGCACUUGAUACACAUUUGAGUUCUGUCCUUUUGUGAUUUCUAGCUUAUCGCUACUAGUUCAUUAUGUUUUUAGUUCUGGCCGUGACGCUACAGAAGACAGCAGAAGACGAUAAACGUCUUAAAAUGAUUUCAGGAUGGCGCUUGAUUAUAAACAAAGCUUUUAUUCAUGUUUUUAUUUAUCGAUUCAAAUGAAGUAUUUUUGUUAUUUAUAUUUCUGGCAUUUCACUUUUUCCUCAGGAAAUAGUCUCGAUAACGAAGGAAAUUCCAACCAAAAGUGUGGAGGACCAUACACUAUGACAUCUUCACAGGAAAAGUCAUUCGAUUGCACCCCUGGUGUCAGGGGUCGAUAUGUGAACAUCCGAAUAGCGGGAAAGAAUAAGAAGCUGGAUAUCUGUGCGGUGUCAGUGAAUCCUAAUCCAGCAGGUGAAUAAACUCCUAUGGGCAAGUGUAAACAGGGAGGUGCUACGAGUGUCGAUGUAGAGCAGGGUUGUUCCUAGACAAAACUCAGGAUCGUCGGCAACAGCAACAAACUGAUUUAUUUCCACGUAGUUGAGUUCUCGACUAUACAGCACUAAGCUUCUUGACAGUUCUCUCUGUUUUUUCGAUGAAACUAUCGCUCCUAUAUACAUAAAGUACAAGGAUCUAGAAACUACUCUAAAGAACCAAAUUUAGUAGAUUAACACGGUUUCCAAAUCUGAGUAAUAACAUAAGAAAUAGAAUGUUCCAGAACGUUCUUGUACAAGAAGGUCACGUCUGGAUGACUUCGGGUUCUAGACUGUUCUGUAGAAUGUUCUAGGACUUAACUUAGACAAUUUUUUCGUAACAGGAGGCAAGAUAACAAGGUGGACAAUAAGACUGGUUGCUAUAUGAGAAACUAGGUGGAGAGGUAAGGCAGCUAGGUAAAAUGAUUGGGUAGGUCGAUGAUUAGGAAGGUCGGUUGUUAAGCAGGUAUGUAGCCUGUUAAGUAAGGUUAGAAGGUAGUGAGUAGGAAAGUUAGAGAUACAUAGGAAGGAAUGCACGUGGGUAGGUAAGGGAUUCGAAAGAGAUUUCGGUUAAAAGACGAAAGAGAAAGGUCAGUAGCUGUGUACGGAAUGAGAGGCUGGCUGACUCUAUAGAAGUCUUCUUUUGUUUUGUUUUGUUUUUUAUUAGUAAACAUUGCCGCAGGUCGAUCAGCAACACAGUCCACUACGGCAUAUGAUGGUUUUCCUGCGCACGCACUGGAUGGAAAUCUUGACAGCCAUUAUAAUGGGUUAAGUUGUACACAUACAGCUGGACAAAAUUAUCCCUGGUGGCGAGUGGAUCUGGGUUCAAGUCAGCACGUGUCAGAGGUGUUCAUAGUCAACAGGGGAGGAUGUUGCAUGGAUAGGCUGCGCAACAUAGCAAUUUAUGUGGGUAAGCUGAACGUUCACGUUGAAUGAAAUAAUUUUUUGCUUCCUUACGUUUAGUUCGAAGUCUUUCAUGCGAUGUUAACUUUAUUUUGCGAUCAUAAAAAGCUACGGUCUUAACCUUAACAUACCACAGCUCUCACAGAAUCCCUAUGUACUUCGCAUGCAACGAAAAACGCAGGCCUCUCACGUAGACUUUUUUCUGCUUAGGAGACAGUUUGGAGAAUAAUGGGAACUCAAAUCCAAGGUGUGGUGGAUUGUACUCAAUGGCCACUGUACACAAAGCUUCGUUUUAUUGCAAACCGAGAAAAACAGGGCGAUACGUAAAUAUCAGACUUGAGGGAACUGGAAUGAUUCUGACAUUGUGCGAAGUGGAGGUUUAUUCUGAAAGCAGAGGU